ACACAGGAAGUAGGUAGCACAGUCACCAGCAGGGUGACAUCCGUUCUAGCUGCCUCUCUCCUCGACUGUUCUGAGUACUUCAGGGGACGACUGCCUUUGGCCAGAUCCCUUCAGGCCCCAGCCCACCAUGACCCCUCCAGGCCACCUCCUGCUCCUGCUCCUGCUCCCAGUGGCUGCAAGUCAGACGCCAGCAGGUUCCUGCUCCGGAUGUGGGCCUCUGUCCCUGCCGCUCCUGGCAGGCCUGGUGGUUGCAGAUGCGGUCUUGUCACUCCUAAUCGUGGGGGUGGUAUUUGUAUGUAUGCGCCCACACAGCAGGCCAGCCCAAGAAGACGGUAGAAUCUACAUCAACAUGCCUGGGAGAGGCUGACCUCUGCAACUUCGGACCCUCCCAUCCUGGAUCACUCAGGGGUGCCUGGGAACACACUCCUUCCAGACUAGAAUAAAGCCAUUCAA